UUUAGCUAUAGCUUCCAAUUCCAUAAAAAUCAAUUACUUCUUCAUCACUCCAAAAUUCCACACUCUCCCUCCCUCCCUCCACCGAGUCAUCCACUCACUCACUCAGAACGAUUCCAAAAUCCCACCAGAGCUUUUCAUUGGAUCUGAUGGGUAGCAUCCAAGAACCAGUAUCGCUUCCAGAAGAGCAACUCGAGGUUGUACAAAACGACACCGUUUACGUUGCGGUGGGAAAUAACGCGGAGAAGAACCAUAAACUAUUGCAUUGGGUAAUUCAGAAUUUCUCAGGGAAGAAAAUUUGCCUUCUUCAUAUUUUGAUACCCGACCUUGUCAAUUCCUUCAAUACAAAUGUCUCUGAAUAUGAACAUAAAGACCAUGCAAUUAAGGCAUUCAAGGAGCAUGGUAGUCAAAAGGUGCAUGAAUUCCUAGACCAGUACAUCCUCACUCUGGUCCCAGCAGGGGUACAGGCCUCUAAAUUGUUGAUCGAGAAGGACAAUAUUGAGAAAGGGAUCAAAGAAGCUAUUUUUCAACACAAUAUUAGAUGUCUUGUAAUGGGAGCAGCUGCAGACAGACAUAAGACAGGGUUAGAUAGUGAAGACACGCCUGGAAUAGAGACUACGCCUGUUUUGUUGAUGCUCGACUCAAAUACAGAAGCCAAACAAUCUGAAAAAAUUAAAUCAGAAUUGAUUCCUAAUGUAUUGAAAUAUUUAGAUUCUAGUGAUAUGGAAGAGACUGAAAACAUUAUUGCAAGGACAAAGUUGACAGAAUUGGUUAUUCAUGAGGAUGAUGAAGCAUUACAAAACUGGCGUGCUAAGGAGAUAAGUAGAAGAAAAGAAGUUGAAAAACAACUGGCAAGGAAAAAGCAAGACGUACUAGAAAUGAAGAAUCAGCGAGAUAAAAUAAUAUAUGAAUUACAAAUGGUCCGAGACCAAAGUUCAGCUCUUAGAAACCAAUUGUUUGAGUCCAAUUGUACAGCAACUGAGUUGGAAGAGAAGUUUCUAUCUGCUGUGGACCUUUUGAUAAGUUUCAAGGAAAAACGAGAUAAGCUAAGGAUAGAACAUGCAAAUGCAGUUAGGAAAGUCAAAGUGCUGACAAAAAUUGGAGAAGCGGAUACUACAUCCUCUUAUGUGGUAGAAUUCCCUACAUUUUCUUUCAUGGAGAUCAAUGAGGCAACUCAUGAUUUUGACCAAUCUUGGAAAAUUGGUGAGGGAAGGUAUGGAUGUGUUUACAAGGGACUGCUUCGCAACAUGCUUGUUGCCAUAAAAAUGCUACCCUCUUAUGGUUGCCAGAGCCAAUUGGAGUUCCAGCUUCAGGUAGAGGUUUUAAGUAGAGUAAGACAUCCAAAUCUGUUAACGCUAAUUGGAAGCUGUGCAGAGUCUAAGUCACUUGUGUAUGAAUACCUAAACAAUGGUAGCCUUGAAAGCCAUCUUGCCUGCAAAAACAAGACUCCACUUCCAUGGCAAAUUCGAAUAUCUAUUGCUACUGACAUAUGCUCUACUCUUAUCUUCCUUCACUCCAGUGAGCCUUGUAUUGUCCAUGGGAAUUUGAAGCCUAGUAAGGUUCUCCUAGAUGCUAACUUUGUUGCCAAACUUGGUGACUUGGGGAUUCCUUAUUUAGUCCAGCAUAGUGUGGAUUCAGCUGACUCAAGCCCAGUAAUAUGUAACAACUCUCAUGAAAAUUUGGCGUAUGUGGAUCCAGAGUAUCUUGACACUGGUAAACUUACACCAGAAUCAGAUGUGUAUUCAUUUGGAAUCAUACUGUUGCAACUUUUAACUGGAAGACCACUUUCGGGGCUAGUUAGAGAUAUGAGAUGUGCAUUGGAAAAAGAAAAUCUUAAAACUGUGUUGGACUCGUCAGCUGGUGAAUGGCCUCUUUAUCAAACCACACAACUGGCAUAUUUAGCAUUGAGGUGUUGUGAGAAGACUUGGUUAAACCGGCCAGAUCUUGUGUCAGAAGUCUGGAGUGUUCUUAAACCAUUCAGAACUAUUUGCAUAGACAGGAGACAAGAGUUGACUUCUAAGAAGCUUCAACGAGCUCCUUCUCAUUUUGUCUGUCCAAUUGUCCAGGAAGUUAUGGAAGAUCCAUACAUAGCUGCAGAUGGCUUUACAUAUGAAGAAGAGGCAAUAAGAGGAUGGUUGGACAGUGGUCACGACACUUCUCCUAUGACAAACCUCACACUUGAACACACAGAUUUGGUACCUAAUUAUGCACUACAUAAUGCCAUUCGGGAGUGGCAACAACAGUGAAUAUUUUCCAUUAUAAUUGCACAUAUACUGGUGUAAAUUACACUUAUCUUGAAAACAGCUCUUCUCAAGUGAGCAAGUAAAAGUGUAUACACACUUGAAUAUAAGCGAGUUAAGAUAAAUGAAGGGUAUAUACACUUUUACUUGCUUACCUUACCUUAAGAGAUAAUUUCACUCUAAGAGUAGCCUUCCACUGUUAUCUCAGUAGUAACAAGUGAAGUAUGUUCAGGUGGAGAAAGGAGGGGGGUGGGGAAUUUUUUAACGAAACCUUCUCCCUGUUUGGGUUGGGAUCUUUCUAAAAUGAGAGAUUAUCAUGUAAUUUUCAAGAAUCCUCGUCAUUUUUAUCAACACUUUAGAGAAUGAAGUUCUCCAAAUUUAAUAGUAAUGAUUGUGGAGGAUUCCAAACAUCUAAAUGUGUUUUUGGUUAUGUGGUGUAUAACUUGAUUUCAGCAUCAUCUUUUUAUGGUUAUAUUUUUU